CGCAGGGAAGGAAGGAGGCCAGGGUAGUAGGCCCCUGUUGAGGUCGGACUCGUGAGGCGGGAAAGCGCCGAGAGAGCUACAGGCGGGGUGAGAGCCCUUCGGUCACGGUGGCCGGGGCUCGGCCUUAGAGCCCACGGUCAUAACCCUCGAAGGAAGGUGGGCAGAAAAAUGUGACUCACCAGGAAAAUGAAACCAAGUGCUAUGAAGAUUAGCAACAAAGGACAAGUUACACCAGGUGGAACGCAAGGAAAAACAGAAAAAAAUAAACCUUCUCUGAAAACUUUGAAAAAAGAUACCACAAAGACAGAGAAAUCUAAAUAUAAGCCACUUACUGGGAAGGUGUUUUAUCUUGAUAUUCCAUCUAAUGUGAUCUCUGAAAAAUUAGAGAAGGAUCUUAAUGAACUUGGAGGGAGAGUGGAAGGAUUUCUUAGCAAAGAUAUCAGCUAUCUGAUUUCUAAUAAAAAGGAAGCAAAAUUUGCUCAGGUUCUUGGACAAAUUUCUCCAGUCCCAAGCCCAGGAUCUGCACAUACGGGCGGAAAUAGUUCACCUCAUCCCAGUAGCAGAAGAGAUCGACAUGAUGGGAAUUCAUUUAAGAUGGUGGAUACAGUACGUUUGAGUAGAGGAAAAUCUUUAGUUGAAAAAGCUAUCAAAGAACAGGAAUUAAUCCCUUCAGGUAGUAUACUAUCCAAUGCCUUGAGUUGGGGAGUGAAAAUACUUCAUGUUGAUGAUAUUAAAAAUUAUCUUGAGCAAAAGAAAAAGGAGCUCUACCUGAUCAAGAAAGCAAGCAUUUCAAUCAAAGACGUGGGGAAACGAUGUGGUGGUCAGAAAUCAAAAAGUCGGCUGAAAAAUCCAUUUGUGAAGGUGGAAGACAGAAGCUGCCGUUACAGACCAUUUUAUCUGCAAUUAUCCAGCUUUCCUGUUCUCAACUAUUCUGCUCCAAAACCUUAUAGUCCAUUUGAUGUAGAUAAGAAGAAUGCUAGUGGCCAAAAGCAAACUCAGUCUAAACAAAGAAACAAAACAAAUAGUGACAAAGACUGUGGUGGUCCAGUUCAACUUCCUCUAAAGGAUAAGAAAAAGAAAGGGUAUUGUGAAUGUUGUAUGAAGAAAUAUGACGAUCUGCAAACUCAUCUUGAAAGUGAACAGCACCAAAACUUUGCACAGAGCACCCAAUAUCAAGUUGUGGAUGAUAUAAUAUCCAAAUUUGUUUAUGACUUUGUGGAGUACAGAGAUGAUACACAAAAAAUGAAGAGGACAAAAUAUAGUAUGGGAUACUUUUCUCCUGUUACUGGAAAUAUAACUAAAGCAGAUGAGCUGAAAGAACGAGUAAAAAGACAACACAUUUCAUUCAAGUGUUAUUCUUGGAAAGAUACUACAGUGCAGGCACUAAAACAGGACCAUCAGCAUACAAAAGUAUCCCAGAGUUCGGUACAAAAACAUAACUCCACUUCUGAACAUCUAUAUUCUAUUCUUCCUUGCCAUCCAUCAUGUCCUUCCGAAGUAGUAAGUAAAUUCAGAUGUAAUGCUGAAAAUGGUAAAAUAGAAGGUUCCUGUGCUUUAAAUCUAAAAGAGACUGGUUUAUCGCCAAACUUCAUACAGCUACCUCCCCAGAAAGACAACAAAACAUACCUCGAGAACUUAUCUGAAUUUUAUGGGCAUUCUAAUAAUGAAGUAUUUGAACCUGAAGAAAAUUUAAAUAGAAAGAAUUUACAAGGAGUGCAAACAAAGUUAUAUACUCAUGGUCUAGCCACUGAUAGUAAUGAAAAAGACAAAAAUACCUCACAGCCAAAACGAAAAUUAAAUGAUUCAUUUGUUCUACCAGCAAAAUGUUUGAAGAAAACAGAUGCCAGUUCAUCAUUUAACAAAAAGCAAUUAGAUUUUGGUAUGGAUAAUGAUCCACAGAGAGAGCACCAUAUAGUUCUGAAGACCGAGACGCUACCACAUUGUCUUUCUACAAGCAAAGCAACUAGUGAAUUGGCUGUCAAUAGUGCACCCAGCUCACCUUCUGGAAAGCUGCACAGAAAAGUAAAACUUUCCUUAGGAAAAAAUAAAAGAGGAAACCGGAAACAGAUUAUGGAGUUAUGUGUAAAGCAAACUGAUGAUGUAUCUGUUAUUGAAGAAAAGAAAAAUGCAUGUUGCUCCCCAAUGCAGACUCUGGUGGAAUUAUUUCAGACAAGUGACAUAAAUUCAGAUUUUGGGGGUUUUACAAGUUAUCCUGAGAGAAAAGAUUCAAGUUGCCUGAAAGAUAUUUGGGAAGGACAAAAUGCAAGUUCUCUGUGGUCAUUAUUUUCCUCUUCCUCCUCAACCCCAUUUAUCGGAUUUUAAUGCUGCUUUAUUUAAAACAGUGACACUUGAAUAAAUUUGCAAACUGAUGAGGAUUUUAUUCAUGGAAAUUAAUUCUUGUAUUCUAAGUUAUGUGUUCAAGUUUUGGUAUAUCAAAUAUACAUGCAAAAACAUAUGUGUAAAUCUGAAAAAUAAAGAUAAUCCUGGCAUGCUUUUCUAAAAUAACAAACACUUUUUAAUCACAGCUGAUAAAUAGGUUAUGUCCUAAGAUGCAGUGUGUUUAACUCCAGCUUCUAGGCAAGAUCUAUAUAUAUCAUGUAUCUUAUUGUGAAUUUCAGACAAUAAAAAACCAAUUUAUUUGUUUAUAUACA